AUGCCUGUCAUCUCGCGCCUUGCGUCUAUCAUCCUCCGCGUUGCGGAAAUCGGAUUUGCAGCGGUCGUUGCAGGUGUCAUUGGGCACUACCUCGCAAAGAUGAACAACUCCAACCAAGAUGUCAACUGGUGGGGCGAGUCUAGGUUCAUCUAUACCGAAGUAAUCGCUGGCAUAUCGAUACUGCUAGGUCUGAUCUGGCUGAUUCCCUUCUCAUCGGGAUUCUUCUCUUGGCCUUUGGACAUCAUCAUAUCUCUCGCUUGGUUUGCUGCCUUUGGUGUCCUUGUUGACACCAUUAAAACUCACUACUGUGGUGGCAUUUUCUCCUGGCAUUUCGGCGGUUGGGGUGAGUCGAUGUGCGGCAAGUGGAAAGCUGCUGAGGCCUUCAGCUUCCUUUCUGCUAUUGUCUGGCUUGCUUCUGGUAUCGUGGGUAUUUGGUUCACUUUCCGUACUCGCCCAAGCACCACGGAUGGACCUCGUCGCCGCCGCUGGGGCCGUUCCGCCGUCUAA